GGAAUUGAUUGCUGAGCAGAAGAACAAUCCAGCUGUAGUCACUUUGUUAAUUUUGCCACCAUUGCAUUUUACAUUCACCCACAGACGGCCAUGACAUCACGACUCAUCACCAUUGUCGCGGGCGUGGGCGGCGGCACUGGCGCCUCGAUUGCGCGCAAGUUCUCUGCCAAAUACCCCGUUGUGCUGCUGGCGCGCAAGCCCGAAAACUACGAGAGCAUUGCGGCCGACAUCAAUGCGAGCGGCGGCAAGGCCAUUGGCAUCAGCGCCGACGUGUCUGACGCGGCGAGUCUGCAGCGGGCCGUCGAGGCCAUCAAGCAGGAGUUCGGAGCCGAUGUGGGCGCGGCCGCGGCCAUUUUCAAUGCGUCUGGGGGAUUUAUGCGCAAGCCGUUUCUCGACGUGUCGCCAGACGUGUUCCAGAGCAGUCUGAAUGUCAGUGCCAUGGGGGGCAUUCUCUUCAGUCAGUCGGUGCUGCCGCUGCUGCUCAAGGGCGUGGAGCUCAAGUCGGAACACCCGCCGUCGCUCAUCUUCACGGGCGCAACGGCGUCGGUCAAGAGCAGUGCGCAGAUGUCGUCGUUCUCGACGGGCAAGUGGGCGCUGCGGGCGCUCAGCCAGAGCCUGGCACGCGAGUUUGGGCCUCAGGGAGUCCAUGUUGCGCAUGCGGUGAUUGAUGGAGUCAUUGAUACGCCGAGGACCAAGGAGUGGUUGAAGGACAUGCCUGCCGAGGCCAAGUUGAGCGCUGAUGGGAUUGCAAAUGAUUACUGGUGGUUGCACACGCAGCCCAAGACAAACUUUACGUGGGAGAUUGAUCUCCGACCGGCGGUUGAGAAGUGGUAAGAUCGGUGUAGGACGGUAGGACGGGGCUGUGAUUUGCUGGCAGUGAGAGAGGGGGGAAGGCAAAAAGGACGCCAAGUAGGUGUUGAAAAGGUUGUGGGUGGUGAGAAUGUAGUCUUGUCCAUGGUUGUCCUCUUUGGUGUUUUGUUGCAUAGGUGCAUGCCAAGCUUGAUGUGACUUCAGAGGUGCAGGUGAAGUCGAGGUGGCAUGGGCGGCCACGAGACAGCGCUGGCACAUGUGAGUGGCCCGAUGCGGGCAUUGUCAACCCGCGCAGGGCUUCCUCUCUCGACACGAAGGACUGUUUUUCCAUGCCUGUCAGAUUAUCGCGGGCCCGAUUAUGCGACUAAACGGCCAUGGUGGACUGGGUUGACGGGCGGACAUGGGGCCAAGGGCAUGGUGUGUAUACAAGCCGGCCAUGGAGCGCCUGGCGCGGGAUGGCCGUGUCGCGGCAAACACGUGAGCUUCACCGUAUGUCGCA